AUGAUUAUUUUUAGUUAAGGAUUAAACUUAAUGUUACCGGAACAAUGGUCAGACAAAAAGAAAUUCAAAAAACAAUGAAAAAGCUAGAAAGCACGUGAUCAGCAUAGUGGUCAGAUAUGAUAUGAGCGCCAAUAAUGUUUUAUUGGUCAUAUUUUAGUUGUCGGAGCUGAAGGAAUAUUUUUAGGUUUGUUUUAUUCAAUUUAUUUAGACCAAGUCUGUUUAUCUGAUAUGCAAGUUGCACUCGGUAGCAUAAAGGAAGAACAAUAAGAUUUUAUUUUAAAAAAAGUUUGUUAUGUUUCAUAAAAGUCAAACAGAUUGUAGAAUAAAACUUUGAGUGGGAGAUUUAAACAUUUUAUUUGCAUGGCUGAAUUGAAGGUUUUAUUUGCAAAUUAAAGACAUUUUAUUUGCUUGGCUUAAUUGUAUGGCUGAAACGAAGAAUUGCAAUGCAAUUCUUUGUUUUAUAUUUAAUUUAGUUCAAAUUUUUUGAUGUGAUUCUUCGUUUUAUAUUUAAUUUCAUUUAUGCGAUUUGUGGAGCUCUUAGUUUGUUUUUUUAUCUAAUUUUAUUUAUGUGGUUUGGUAGAAAUAUUCGUUUUAUAUUAAGUUUAAAUUUCCAAGAUGAUUUGUGAUAAGCACAAUAAAAACCACCACCACAACAACAAAAACUGCAUUAAUCACAUUUUCUUGGAGCAAUGUUUUGACAAUUUGUCCUAAAAGUUGCAUGAAAAGAUAAUACUUUUUUUUGUUUAAAAUCAAUUAGGCACAUAUCUUUGUUUUAACAGUUCAAUCCUUGUGUUCUUUGUAAAAUUUAAUGCAAUCACAAAUACUUUUUUAACAAAGGUGUGACUUUAAUGGUGCACAAAACGAUCGAAGAAUUAUGCCCUUGGCAAAGCGAGCCUUGCAAGCACUAACAUUCAUAUAGUCAGGAGUCAGUUAAGAAAAAGUUUGAAAUUGUAAAAUCUAUAUGUUCUUCACAACCAAACGGUGUAUCAUGUAACCAGAUUUUGGUGUGGUAAUUGGUUGAUUGAUGCUUCUGUUGACUUACAGGGUUUUACAAAGUUAUAAGUGCACGUUUGCAAGUUAUAAGUGCACGUUUGCAAAGUUAUAAGUGCAUUUAUAAAGUUAAUUUUAACUCUUAUAUUUUAAAUAUCAAUGGAAAGAAAAGUAUGGAAAACAAUUACAGAAGAAACUAAAAAUACGAUUAUUUCAAUGAGAAAUUGUGAAAAAUAUUCAAUCAAGGAAAUAUCCAACGCUUGUAAUUUAACUCGAAAUGCUGUUAGUCGUGUUAUAAAAAAUAGUGAUAAUAAUAUACCCUUCACGUCAUCUACAGCAAAAAGAAAAGAAACGUAUAAAAUCAAAAGUGCUAUAAAUACAAACAUUGAACAGACAAUAUUUAAUUCCGUGGUCUGUAACAAUGCCGUAAUUCAAAAAGAAAUUCAAACGCAAAUUUUAGAACAACGUGGUAAAAACGUUUCAAUCUCGUUUGUUUCCCGUAAAUUAAAGAAAUUAGAUUUGACACGAAAAAGAUUAGCAAUCAUUCCUCAAGAAAGAAACACCAUGGAAAGAAUAAAUCAGAGAUCAAUUUUUGCGGCAGAAGUUGCUAGAAUUAAUGAUUCAAAUUUGGUUUUUUUAGACAAAACCGGAUUCAAUAAACAUACAGUGCGCUCAUAUGGCUAUUCUCCAAAAGAUACAAAAGCGUACUUGACAGUUCCUGCAAAUAAAGAACAAAAUGUUAGCCUCAUGUGCUUAAUUUCCAAUUUAGGAGUUGAAUGUUACCAAUACAAAAGCGGCGCAUACAAUACACAAUCAUUUAUUGAUUUCAUCAACAACAAACUAGUACCAUUCAUUGCAGUAAAUCCAAAUAAAAUUCUUAUCCUAGAUAAUGCAAAAUUUCAUAAAGCAGCUGCAGUACUUCAAUUACUAAGAGAAAAAAAUAUUACUCCCUAGUUUUUAGUACCAUACUCCCCUGAAUUGAACCCAAUCAAAGGGUUCUUUUCAAUGUUAAAAAUCCAAUUUCAAAUUCACGAGAAAUGCUAAUCCCGAUAUGACUGUUGAAGAAACUCUAGAAUAUAUUUUAUCACCUGAUAAUAAUUAUAGUCAACAGUGCAAUGCCUUUUAUAUAAAUAUGAGAAAAUGGUUGGAAAAGGCAAUAAGAAGAGAAGAAUUUAUCUAAUUAAAAUAUUUAAAAUGAUUUGUUUAUUUUUUUUAAUAAUGUAUAUUUUUGCAUGCCUU